CUUGCCUGCAGUGCCCUGAGAUAGCUAUUCGACAGGUAGCCUCCUUGGUAAAGCUGUGUGCUAAACCUAGUUAUCAUGUCUCAGACCAGUGGCCGUGGUACUGGCAUUACCUGACACUCAAAGGCAAUGCUUCCGCCGCCGCCGCCUCCACCGUGGGACAUCGCUUCCACCUGUCUAUAUAAGUGAGACCCUGUCCUUCAACCCUUAUUCAUGUCUACCACAUCCUCCGAGAAAUCCCCCCAGAAGUCGCAUGAGACAGUGAGCAAUUGUCUCACUGAAGUCGGUGCAAAGGACCAGCGUGCCUACGAGCGCGCUAGGCACCAGACUAAGGAGCGGCGGGAGCACGCACAGCUGAAGGAGCGCAAGGAGAGGGCAGCUACAGGAGUGAGAGCAACACCGCCCAAGGAAGGGCACGUAAGCCGUGCUGCCAGGAGGGUCAGCAUGGAGUUCUGGGAUGGCGAUGAGCCUGACUCUGGUCCUCUCACUGGCCUGGGGCGUCCCAUUAAUGUCGCACCAGUGCCGAGGAUCAAGUCUGGUUUCUCCAAGGUGGUGCUUGCGGAUUUCGUGACAUUCAAGACCAAGAAACUAUCCAAAGCACAAGAUGUCGACUUUGAGUUCCUCCCACCCGUCCGUUCUGUCAUUGCUCUUGAUGACUUUGGACACGACAUUGAGAUCGAUGAGCCUUGGGAAUUCAUUUCCCUUGCCCCGGAAUCACCCGCUUGGAAGGGCCUGUCGUACGCUCAGGCCGCUGCUUUGGCCCUUUAGUGCUAUUGUAUUUGACGUUGGACCAGUUCAUAAUACUACACCCAUUACGAUUUAGUUCAUUCAUCUUUUCAUUCAUUACGAACUCACGUUAUACCUUCGAGCUCCGCGUCGUUUCGUCUUGGUCCUCGUUAUAAUUCUACUUAAUGAAUGGGCAGUUUAUUUGGGCUUUGAGAAUCAAUAUAUUGAUGGU